AUGGAUGAGGGAAGAACGCUCACAAGCGAGUUCCUAGGACAACUGCAGCGCAACCGUGAUAGUAAUCGCCCACAAUUUGAGUUCAUAACUGUCUCUGGAACAAACUUGCGUGGCGACACCGAAACUCGAAGGCGUGUGAGAAGCCGAGCGCAAUCUGACUAUCGUCGGCGCAAUCCGCCUCCACCGCGAAAUGCUUUGACUGUUGACCUUGACGUUGGAUCGUGGCUUCAAGCUUUAUCGCGGGAUGCAGCUUUGAGGCCACAACGUGGUGACCCAAUACCAUUGGAUUUGCGGUUUGCAUCGCCACAGGCCAACGAAAUGAUGCAAAUUAACCCAGAGGGACUCCGUCCCAUAGAUGGAAGAGAGGGUGCUGGAAUUUUUCUACUGGUGCCUCCGGAUCAGCGGCCGCGUGCUCGCGAGUUAUGGAAUCAUUUGUACGGCGGAGGCUGCGUCAUCUUCAAAUCUAUGAUCGAGAUUGGCUUUCUCGAUAUUCUACAAGGAUGCGCAUCGCUUACACAGAUGCUGUCGUCUUCAGCCUGGCACAGGAAACAUGUGGGGACUGGGGACCACGAGAGCAGCAUAGAUUAUGCGAAAUACUCUCUCAUGGCCACGAGAGCACUACGACGACGGUUGGAUGAUCCUGCCCAACGAGCUAAUCUCGAAACCAUCAUAGCAAUCCUGACAUUUGCGGCAUUCGCAAAUUUGACGUCCAACCCGCAUCUCAUCAACGUGCACCUUGACGGACUCUCUCACGCUAUCAGUGGUGUUGGUGGCCUAACAGCGCUCCAGCAGUUGCCAGUUAUUUGGAUGAUGAUGUAUUGGAUCGAUAUACGCGGUAGCUAUCUCCAAGAUGUGAAGCCACGUUAUCCUCAGCCAUAUGAUAUAUUAUCAGCCGAGAGCAAACUCCGAAUUUCUCCUAUGCCGGUAGCGAGCUCCCCCGAUACCAACGGCACACUAACCCAGGAUCCGGCGGUUAUCCAUAUAUUUGAUGCGAUACAGCAGGUCAAUUCUAUUAUAAAUUCCGAAGCAAACGUACUAGGUGAAGCGUUUUGGCGAACUGUCCUUUUCCCUGGCUUUCACUUGGCCCCGAUUCUUCAUGAUCUUUUAUCAUUGCCUCGAGACGCAGGCAGUUUAACUACCCAAUUCUCAAAACGAAGAGAGUGCUUUCGGUUGGCCGGUAUCCUUUACAUUAGUGAAGUUCGGGCAAAAUUUGGAAUGGACAAUACUGGGGCCACGUCAUACGCGUAUAAGUUAUUAUCGGCGUUGAAGGGUCGCGAUAUGCUGGUCUCAUGGGGAUUCGACAACCACUUCUUGCUUUGGAGCCUUACUAUUGGAUCAGUCUCGCUAUGCGUGCCUGAGGCUCUGCGUCUUGAGUUCAUGGAAAUUUUGUCAGAAUACCCAUCUAUUGUUGGAAUUGCUUCUCUUCGCGAUGCAAUACCACCGGAGUCUCGAAUGUUCUUAUGA